UCCGCCUCUGACCCCACGAGCAGUUACUGGCUGUGGGAGCGCGAGCCUACCUGACUCUGCUAGAGGUACUACAGCUUCGUGUUGCGGCGUUUGUGCCGCAGCCCGCGCCAAGUGAGGGCUCCGGCCUCCAGCUUCGGCGCCCGGCGCGUGUUGGCAGGCUCGGGGCUCGCGCCGCUGACGCGGGUUGGGCCGGCGGGCGGUUAGCGCCCCGUUCGACGCCGGGAGCUCCGCGGCCUGAGCCGACGCGGGCGGCCGGGCUCUCGGGUUCUCUUCCCCAGGCCGGAGCCAGUCAGUGUCCCGGCGGAGAAACGGGCAGCCGGGCUCCCUGGCCCCGGGCCGCCCCCGGCUGGGGCGGCUGGGGCAGGGGGACGAUGUCUGCUCGCGCCCGGGUGCCCGCCGCUCACCCUCGGGAGGAGCGGCCCGCGGUACCAGCUGAGAGGGAGUUGCUGUCGGCCGCGGCGAGCCGACAAGCCGGGAAGCUGCCCCCGCCCGAACGGGAGGGCAAGGAAGCGGCGAGGGAGGAGAGGAACGCGCUCGCCACCCGCACGGGGGCGCGGGGAGAGCCUUUGCCGGCGCCCGUGCUGGGACACAGCGUGCCUCAGGCGGCCGUGUCCGUGAAGCCCCUGGCGCUGCACCUGGCGCACAAGGCGCGCGGGCCGGGGGGGCCCUUCGGCUGGGAGCCGCCGCCACCGCUGCCUCGGGACCCGCCGGCCGAGGACGCCCGGGAGGAGGAGGCGGCGGCGGCAGGCUCUGAGGAAAAGCUGCCGCCGUCGCCGUCGCCGUCGCCGCUGCCGCCGAAGGAGAAUCCCUGGACCAAAAAGCCUCCCCAGCACCUGUCCCCCGCCGGGACGGGGCCGCCGCCGCUGCCUCUACUGGAAACCCUGGAGGCAGAGCUCAGUUCCCCCCAGAUUAUAAAAGCAGGAAAACUCAAGACAAAGAAAUCCAACAAGGCUAGUGAUUUCAGCGAUAUAUCGAACUGGCCAACACCAAGUGAAUUAGUGAACACUGAAAAAACCUUUUUGCAGUGUCAGAGUGUCAUCAGCCUAGGAAAUAAGAAGCCGCAAAACAGAAAAGAAAGAGAAGACAAGGUUGAAAAGAGAAGUAACAGUGAAAGCAAAGAAAGCCGGGAAACAAAAUUAGAUGGUCCUGGUGAAAAUGUCAGUGAGGAUGAGGCUCAGUCAAGUAAUCAACGAAAGAAAGCUAAUAAGCACAAGUGGGUACCACUCCACUUAGAUGAUGUAAGACCAGACAGUCAAGAAAGACCAGGGUCCCGGAAUAGCUCAAGAUGUCAACCUGAAGCAAAUAAAUCACAUAACAAUAGGAGAAAUGACACACGAAGUUGGAGGCGUGAAAGAGAAAAGAGAGAUGAUCAAGAUGAAGUUUCCAGUGUGAGAAGUGAGGGUGGUAAUAUCCAAGGUACCUUUAGAGGCCGAGGAAGAGGCCGAGGACGGGGAAGAGGACGAGGCAGAGGAAAUCCUCGAUUGAACUUUGAUUAUUCAUAUGGUUAUCAAGAACAUGGUGAAAGGACUGGUCAACCAUUUCAAACAGAACUUAAUACCAGUAUGAUGUAUUACUAUGAUGAUGGUACAGGCGUACAGGUGUAUCCUGUGGAUGAAGCAUUGCUUAAAGAGUAUAUUAAACGCCAAAUUGAAUAUUACUUCAGUAUAGAAAACUUGGAACGGGACUUCUUUCUUAGGAGAAAGAUGGAUGAGCAAGGUUUCUUGCCUAUUUCCCUGAUCGCUGGUUUCCACCGUGUUCAGGCCCUCACUACAAACCUUAAUCUCAUUUUAGAGGCACUGAAAGAUAGCACAGAAGUGGAAAUUGUGGACGAGAAAAUGAGAAAAAAGAUAGAACCAGAAAAAUGGCCAAUUCCGGGCCCUCCUCCACGUAGUGUGCCACAAACAGACUUCUCUCAACUGAUUGAUUGCCCAGAGUUUGUACCAGGCCAAACCUUUGGUUCACAUACAGAGUCUGCCCCAAAUUCUCCAAGAAUUGGAAGUCCACUGAGCCCAAAGAAAAACACUGAAACAAGUAAUCUUCAAGCAAUGUCUAGAGGUUUGUCUGCCAGUUUGCCCGACUUGGACUCAGAACCUUGGAUAGAAGUAAAAAAGAGACAUUGUCCAUCCCCAGUGAAAUUGAAGGAAUCACCACCUCCACCUGAAGAGGCAUCAAAUCAACCAUAUCUUCCAGAUGAACAAGAACAAGAAGAACUUGAUUUUUUAUUUGAUGAAGAGAUGGAACAAAUAGAAGGGCAAAAAAACACAUUUACUGAUUGGUCUGAUAAUGAUUCAGAUUAUGAAAUUGAUGACCAGGAUUUAAAUAAGAUUUUGAUUGUAACUCAGACACCACCUUACAUGAGAAAACAUCCUGGAGGAGAUCGAACAGGCAAGCACAUAUCUCGGGCAAAAAUUACAUCUGAACUUGCUAAAGUUAUCAAUGAUGGCUUAUAUUAUUAUGAGCAGGAUUUGUGGAUGGAAGAAGAUGAAAACAAACACACAGCCGUAAAGCAAGAAGUUGAGAACUUUAAGAAGCUAAAUCUCAUUAGUAAAGAGCAGUUUGAAAACCUAACACCUGAACUUCCUUUUGAGCCAAACCAAGAAGUUCCUGUAGCACCUUCACAGUCCAGGCAAGAUUUGACUGAUGAAUUAGCUCAGAAGUUGUUUGAUGUUUCAGAAAUGUCUUCAGCAACAAUGGCCUGUUCAUUACCCACAGUAGUUCCAGAAUCUCCUAGAAUUUAUCCUGCAAGGACACCCAAAACACCUCGAACACCUAGAUUACAAGAUCCAAACAAAACACCAAGAUUUUAUCCUGUUGUUAAAGAACCCAAAGCCAUUGAUGUAAAGAGUCCAAGAAAGAGAAAAACAAGACAUAGUACAAAUCCCCCUCUAGAGUGUCAUGUUGGUUGGGUAAUGGAUUCCAGAGAUCAUGGGCCAAGAACAUCCUCUGUCAGCAGUUCAAAUGCUUCGCCUUCAGAAGGUGCACCACUAGUAGGAAGUUAUGGAUGUACUCCUCGUUCAUUCCCAAAGUUCCAGCAUCCUUCUCACGAACUUUUGAAGGAAAAUGGCUUUACCCAACAAGUGUAUCACAAGUAUCGUAGAAGAUGCCUAAGUGAGAGAAAACACUUGGGAAUUGGCCAGUCCCAAGAAAUGAAUACCCUCUUUCGUUUCUGGUCCUUUUUCCUCAGAGAUCACUUCAAUAAAACAAUGUAUGAGGAAUUUAGACAACUUGCUUGGGAAGAUGCAAAAGAAAAUUACAGGUAUGGAUUAGAAUGUCUGUUCAGGUUUUAUAGUUAUGGACUGGAAAAAAAAUUCAGACAAGAAAUUUUUAAGGAUUUCCAAGAAGAAACCAAAAAAGACUACGAAUCUGGUCAGCUGUAUGGAUUAGAAAAGUUUUGGGCUUACCUAAAAUAUUCUCAAUCUAAGACACAGUCUGUUGACCCCAAACUUCAGGAAUACCUCUGUAGCUUUAAGAAGUUGGAAGACUUCCAUGUUGACCCCCCUAUAGGUGAGGAAUUUGGAAGAAAAAGACAUUCAUCUACUUCUGGUGAGGCGAGUAAUCGUCACAGACUUCCAUCUAAUUCCUCUACAAAGUCACCGAGUGCUGCUAAGCCUACACCUGACAAUCAGCUUCGGGUCCCAACAAACUCUCCCAGAAGGAAUACUUCACAGCAGUCCAGUGACAAUUCACACCAGAACAGUGCUGCCUCAGUCUCAGCACAUGGUGAACUGCCUGAGAAAUAGACUCUUAUGAAAGUUGUUUGCCCUUGAAAUCAACAUUUACAUCAGUAUGUAUUGGGGGAAAUCCUCUGAUGUUUAAUUGUGAUAAUCAGAAAAAAGAAAAAGGAAGAAAAAUGGCAGCAUGUUUUUCUAGAAAGAUAAAUUCUAAAAACGUUUUCCCUGAUUUCAUGAAUAAGUUUAAUUUUGGUAACCUUUUAUAGAGAUCCUCUAGUAAUAUAUUUUGGUCUCAAAUAUAUAUUUGAAAUAAUAUCGUUUUCAAAGCCAUUGUUUAUAAGAAGAUCAUUCCUUAAAUAUAUACAAAAACAACACAAGGAAUGCCUAACCUUUCAGCUCAUACUUCUUAAAGAAGAUAUAGUAUGUUAUAGUCAUCUAUUCUAUAGAGCUUUCUUAAAGAAUCCAAUAACCCCACUGUCAAUUCAUAUUUGAACUUAUCAAAAACAAAGGACAAUUAUGUAUAUGUUUUUUAAAUUCAGAAAAAGAAUGUGAAAUGAUACAUGUGCUUUUCUUUUAGAUUUAUAGUUUAAAGAAAACUUUUUUUUUUUUUUACAAAAGUAGAAAUAUAUUGCAGUUAUAUUGAAGUAUAUGCACUUUGGAUGUUGGGUUUUGCCUUUUUCCCCGUUAGUCAUACCUCAUGAUUUCCAUAGUUAUUGUUGUGUUGGUAUGGAAUGUUCUGAAUUGGCAUCAGCCAGUUACAUAUUAGAAGAGAUUUACUUUUUGUGACUAUAUAAGCCUGCACAAGUAAUUGAAAACUGAGUUGGGAUUGGUUGGAAUACUGUCCUAAAUUAGUUAAAUCUUGCACUGUUUUGAAUGCAUUUGCUGUUUGUACAUCUGCAGGUGUGUAUGUCACAAGUAAUCAGAUUAUCUUCAGUUUAAAAGGAGUACCUUUUUGUGUCCUUUACGUUUGUUUUAUGCUUAUAAAAAGUGUUUUCAAGAAACGAAUUGACUUCUAAUUUUUAUUGCUGUUGCAACUGACGUAAAUGAUAGUUUCAGUUUUUGUGGGAAUUAAAAUAAAGCACUUAUUCU